AAAUUACCUUCGCUUCGGCUUCGUUCGUUUGUUUAUCUUGCAAAGUUAGUUGUAGUGAAAGUGAGGCGGUAGCUUCAUCGACUCAGAAAGAAAACGACAGCAAAAAGAAAGACAGAAAGAAAGAAAAAAAACUGUGGUCGAAUAUCCAGUAGCCCUACAACUUGGUGGCGAUGAUCAGGAGGCUGUUGCUGUAACGUUAACUUAUGGGAGGAUCAUAACACCACUUUACAACAGUGUCGAUACAACCUACCAUAUUUGACAAAUACAGACAGAAUUUUGCUUGCAGAAUCUUAGCGAAUCAUUGAUAUGCAAGCAUGGUAGCAAAGACUAGAAGACAGAAUGCCAAGGAUCAAACGCCACAAAGCAAUGGCAAAGAUCGGAGUCCGUUUGUGUCGCCUUCACAUGCCACUGGAAAAAGUAGACGCUCAGGGAAGGAUGGGAAAGGCACUGUUGGCUUUAAUUUGCUUCAGUCCAAAAGCGGAAUGUUUCCAGGAUUCGCUUUCAUCAGAAACAAAUUGGGUCUGAGUCCAUCAGCUUUCAUGAAAAUCGGAAUCACCCUGGUCCUUGCUAUUGUCGCCGGAUUCAUUCACUGGUACCAUCUGACACACCUUUUUGAGAAUGAUAGACAUUUUUCACAUCUGUCUGCUCUGGAGAAGGAAAUGGCAUUUAGGACCGAAAUGGGCCUGUACUAUUCGUACUACAAGACUAUUAUUGAUGCACCCACCUUCCUGAACGGCCUGUACAUGAUUAUGAAUGACCGCCUUACUGAGUAUCCAUUGAUUAUAAACACCCUCAAAAGAUUCAAUUUGUACCCUGAGGUGCUCUUAGCUUUCUGGUACAGGACGUAUACAGGGAUCAUGGAGUUUUUUGGCAUUCCAACAAAGAUGUGUUGGUCCAUCAACAGGGGAGAAGGGCUUGAUGCAGUGGAAAGUUGUGAAGGAAUGGGGGAUCCUGCCUCCUUUUAUGUUACUUUUGUCUUCCUGGUAAAUGGUGCAAUGAUGAGUCUCUUCUUCAUCUAUGGAGCAUAUCUGAGCGGUAGCCGACUAGGUGGUGUUGUUACAGUCUUAAGCUUCUUCUUUAACCAUGGAGAGAGCACCCGUGUCAUGUGGACUCCUCCACUGAGGGAGAGCUUCUCUUACCCCUUCCUUGUCCUUCAAAUGCUGCUGCUCACUCACAUCCUCAGAGCACGAAAGCCAAGCACAUUAGUCAUGGUGGCUCUUGGCAUCUCCAAUGUGCUCUUCAUGCUGCCCUGGCAGUUUGCCCAGUUUGUGUUACUGACUCAGGUGGCCUCGUUAUUCGCAUCAUACAUUCUUGGAUAUCUGACUCCUUCAAAGAUGCAGUCCCUGUUGGUCACACACAUGAUCUCCCUGGGGGUGUGCUUUGUUCUGAUGUUUGGGAACGCCAUGCUGCUGACCUCCUUCUAUGCCUCGUCCCUGGUCUCCAUCUGGGCCAUCGUAGUGAUGAGGGAGAAGUUUGCCGAGCUCUUCCAGACCAGACUCGUCUCGUGGAUCAUGCAAGGUCUUGCCUGGGUUGUUUCAACAGUCAUUCUGAAGUCUUUGCUGUCAGCCAUUUUUGGUGCCUCAGAUGAUGCUCACAUCAGCAGCUUGAUCAAGUCCAAGUUCACGAACUACAAAGACUUUGACACCAUGAUGUACACAUGUGCAGCCGAGUUUGACUUCAUGGAAAUCGAGACGCCUCUUCGAUACAUCAAGACACUCCUUCUCCCAAUUACCAUGCUGGUCGUGGCCAUCAUAGCUGGAAGGACUGUUCAGGAUGCUUUGAAAAUGCUGAGUGCUGAGGGAGUAUCGGUCAAGGAGGAUCUGACUGAAGAUGACUCUGACGAACCUCAAGUAACUGCAAGAGGAGAGCUGGUGUACCAUGCACUGCAGCUGGUGGCCUUUGCGGUGCUGGCUGUGCUCAUUAUGCGCCUGAAGCUCUUCCUGACGCCUCACAUGUGCAUCAUGGCCUCUCUCAUCUGCUCCCGACAGCUGUUUGGCUGGGUAGGGGAGAAGUUCAAACUUCAGAUGGUGGCUUUUGCCAUCGUCUCCAUCAUGGCUGUGCAAGGGGCCGCCAACCUGCAGGGCCAGUGGGGCAUCAUGGGAGAGUUCAGCAAUCUCCCCCAGGAGGAGCUGCUGGACUGGAUCUCGUCCAAUACCGGACCAAAUGAUGUGUUUGCUGGUGCUAUGCCCACCAUGGCCAGUGUGAAGCUGUCGGCCGGCCGGCCCGUUGUUAAUCAUCCCCACUAUGAAGACGCAGGGCUGAGGGCACGGACCAAGAUGGUGUACUCCAUGUACAGCCGUAAGUCGGCCGAGGAGGUGAAGGCCAACCUGAUGAAGCUGCAGGUGGACUACUUUGUCCUGGAGGACUCCUGGUGCACCCGGCGCUCGCGGCCUGGCUGCAGCAUGCCUGAGAUCUGGGACCUGGAGGACCCCCAGAACGCUGGCAAGGUGCCGCUCUGCUCCAUCAUGGGCCGAGACACUCGUCCACACUUCACCACCAUCUUUCAAAACAGCAUUUACAAAGUGUUACGAGUUCCCAAAAGCAGCCAAAGAUAGUAGAUAAGCACGGGGGAGGCCCGAUCGUAAAGGAGCUUUUAGUGCUUUGGUACAGCAUGUGUAUAUAGGAAUAUUUUUUAGAUCUGUGAGUUGUCACCGGAAACGGCUCUGUGAUGGAGCAUGUUUUAAAUACGUUGCUGGUGCUUAUUUGUCUUUUGAUGCUGCCUGAAAGCCAGAUAGCAUAUUUAAAAUGUGAGGAUGUUUUUAUUUUUUUUUUCCCCCAGAGAUUUAUUUUGUUAUUCAUGUUGCUGCUCUUUUUCAUUUAUGCUCAGUGUAGUAUACUUGUAACCUCAUAGUAUUUCAAUAGAAGCACCCAUCAAAUGGACUGUUUCUGUGUCACCCAGAGUAUUGUUACAGAUAUGGAGGCAUCUCCAUUAUAAAGUAAUAAUUAAUAUUUGAGUGUUACAUCUGCAAGCAUUUUCAUCUCUCAAUUACUCAAACUUAGACCAUAGGAUUAUUGUCAUUGUAUUUUGUGUCUGUUAGUGUUAAACUAUUGAAGAAUAUAUUGUUUUCCAAUUCAGUAUUUUGAUUUCAUGCUGAAGAGCAUAAUUCCCUUUACAGUUUGUUUUAAAAUGGUUAAGCUGAUUUUUUUAUUAUAUAUUUUUUAAAUAUGAUUUUUUUUAAUUUUUAUUUCAUGUCAUAUUCUUCAACCUCUGACCUUUCUUGUCAGAACGUUAUUUUACAGUCAGUGUUGAGCUCUGCUUUGAUCUUCACUGCCAAACAAAAGAUCUGUGUUUAGUUCUAGUCAUAAGGAGUGGCCAGUACAUGUUUGUCUUCCAUGUCAGUUUUCCGAAACUUGAUCUAAAUCCAAGAUUGGUAUUGAGGAACUUCCCCCAGUGACCACUCAGGUCAACCCUGAACAAGCAAAAGCACCAUCCAAUACCAACUGCCUAUUUGUGUGUUUUUACUUUUUCACUUUAUUGCAGACAAAGGGACUAGUGAGGAAUGCCACUAGCAGUGGCGUCAUUACAGGGUCAUACUGUAGAUGAGAUGCAUAGAUGGGGGUUUGGGGUCACCUGGCGUACAGGGCUUUUCUGUAAUCAUUUUUUUUUGCACCUUAUGGAUGCCAAUGUUCGAUGUAAUGUUUAGCACUGUGAGGUUGGGACUGUAGUGGAGAGCCACAGAGCCAAAUGUCAUGGUUUUUAUAAAUGAUUCUGUUACAAAAUGUGUUGAUCUCUGUAUUUUAUAUGAGUCCUUGUAGAUUUCAUUGAAUAAAAUGAUUGCUUUUCUGA